GUGAUCUGUGGCUCUGUGUGUCUCCCCCUCCCCAGGGAAUGCUGCUGUGCUGCCCCCCAGGAUGGAAACCCUCCUCAGGCAGGUGGAGAAGGACUUGGGCAUUGACCGCAGCCAGCUGGCAGCUGCCACGGGGAGCUCCCACGUCAUCGCUCUGGUGCCCACCAAGUGGCUGGCUGGCCUGAAGGAGCGGGGGGUGCUGCCCAGCCUGUGCCCGCACCCCGAAGGGCUCAGCGAUGUGGAGGUGCGCACCUGCCUCCAGCACUCGGUGCAGAAGCUGCCGUCCGGCUGGACCAGGGUGGAGAUUCACGGCCUGAGAAAGGACCGGCUGUGCUACGGGCUGGCUGUGGUGCCUGGCGACCCGAAAGAGCCCCCGGAGACGCUCCAUGGCUUCAUGCGCCAUGUGGCUUCUCAGAACUACCGGAACCUGUGGAGCCAGGCUCACCGCCUUUACGUCCGCCCGUACUGCCACGCAACCACCCCGCCCACGGCCCCUGCCCUGGAGGUGCUCUGUGGGGCCCUCCAGAGGCUCUACGGCUGCCCCAUCGUCCCCGUGGGCAGGGGCGCCCCCUCCUGCACCUCCCCGGCCAAAGAGGGCGGCUGCUUGCACGGCAGGUGCCCUCCUCUGCGCUGCCCCAGCAUCCUCCCUGCGGAGGCACUGCUGGACUCCCCAGAGAUGUUGUACGUGGUCUUCCCCUACGUCCAGUUCUGCCUCCACGACAUCGUGACCUUCAGCCCUGCCAAGCUGACCAACAGCCAUGCCAAGCUCCUCUUCAUCCUCUUCCAGGUCCUGCAGGCCAUGGAGGCCUGCCACCGGGCAGGGCUGGCGUGCGGAGCCUUCUCCUUGCACGACGUGGCCGUGGACGAGAAGCUGUGCGCCCGGCUCAGGGUCCAGCUCUGGGACUAUGAGCGGGACGAGGAGGAGGAGGAGGUGGCUGCAGACGCGGAGGCGGUUACUGCAGGGAGGGACCCGCUGGCGGACGGAGGUGGCGUCCCUGCAGCGCCUGGGAAGGGCCUUGGGCAGCUGGUGCUGGACUGGGUGCACGGGCGCCUCAGCAACUUUGACUACCUCCUGCACCUGAACCGCUUGGCCGGCCGCCGGGCGGGUGACCCCAACUACCACCCAGUCCUGCCCUGGGUGGUGGACUUCAGCACCCGCAACGGCCGCUUCCGGGACCUUCGGAAGUCGAAGUUCCGCCUCAACAAGGGCGACAAGCAGCUGGACUUCACCUACGAGAUGACCAAGCAGGCCUUUGUGGCCGGGGGCGGCCUGGGCGGGGAGCAGCCCCACGUGCCCCACCACAUCUCUGACGUCCUCUCUGACAUCACCUACUAUGUCUACACCGCCCGGCGGACGCCCCGGGCCGUGCUGUGCUCCCACGUGCGCUCCCAGUGGGAGCCCAACGAGUACCCGGCCAGCAUGGAGCGCAUGCAGGGCUGGACGCCGGACGAGUGCAUCCCCGAGUUCUACUCGGACCCCGCCAUCUUCCGCUCCAUCCACCCGGACAUGCCGGACCUGGAGGUGCCGGCCUGGUGCGCCUGCCGCGAGGAGUUUGUGGCGGCCCACCGGGCGCUGCUGGAGAGCUGGGAGGUCUCCCAGGACCUUCACCACUGGAUCGACCUCACCUUCGGCUACAAGCUGCUGGGCAAAGAGGCCGUCAAGGAGAAGAACGUCUGCCUGCACCUGGUGGACGGCCACACCCACCUAGCCAGCUACGGGGUGGUGCCUCUCUUUGACCAGCCCCACCCCCGGCGCCUGGCGGGGAGCUGCGCCCUUCUCUCCGCCGAAGCCCCGCCCAUCACCAGGCCCCUCAUCCCACCUGUGCAGGAGACGAGAGUCCUGGAAGGGGGUGCCCCCAAGGGCCAGGCCAGCAAUGGGGCCGGCGGGCCAGUCGUGGAAGCGGCGCCAUGCGAAGGCGUGUGGGCUGGAGGUCGGUUCACGGCGGAGGAGGUGGAGCAGGGGGCGGAGGCGCUGGAGGCCCUCCCUGCGGGGGCAUGCCGGGCCACGGAGCUGCCCGGUCCCCCCGCCCCGCCCCCGGGGAUCCCCGCAGAGGGCAAGCACCUUGGCCGCAGCAGGACCAAGGCGGGGGCUCCUCCUGCGGAAGGGCUAGAGGCCAAGAUCAUCGUUCCCGAGGGCUGCAACUUCCUGCAGGCCUUGGAGGAGUUGGAGAAGCUGGACGCCUUCCUCCUGAGGGGGCUGCACGCCCAGGUGGGCCGGCCGGAGCAGUGCCAGCCUCGCUUGCCCCCGGGGCCCUCGGACCUCUUCCAGAGAGACAUGCAGGCCCUGGGGGUUGUGGUGGCCGAGAUCGUCUUUGCCCCGAAGCUGCGGGCGCUGGAGGCCGGGGCGGCCCUGGCGGAGCGCUUCCAGGCGGCUCGGAGGCUGUGCCGCCAGCACCCCAAGGACAUCCCAGCUCCUCUGCAGCACCUGCUGGAUACGCUGCUGCGGCUGAGGGUGGCGGAUGGGCAGCUCGCCAGGGCGGGGUGGGGGCCGCUCCUGUUUGACUACCCCCCUGUCUGGCAGGGCCUCCCUCCGCCCUACCCCUGGCAGCUGCGGAGCUCCUUCAGCGCGGUGCUGCCCUUCCCCGCCUACUUCCCGGCUCUGCACCGCUUCAUCUCCACCUACCUGUCUCGCCAGGCGGAGGCCGAGGGCCGGGAGCUGGUGUUCCAGCUGUGGCGGCAGCUGGAGGGCGUCCUGAGCAGCAUCACCCCCGAGGGCCUGGAGAUCCUGCUGCCCUUCGUCCUGGCGCUGCUGUCCGGGGAGCACACGGCUGUUCACGCCGCCUGGUACCUCUUUGAGCCCAUUGCCAGGGCCCUGGGCCCCCGCAACGCCCACAAGUACCUGCUGAAGCUGCUGGUGGGGGCCUACGAAAACCCCCGCUGCCUCCAUGGGCGAUUCUACCUGUACACCGACUGCUUCGUGGCACAGCUGAUGGCGCGGCUGGGCCUGCAGCUCUUCCUCUCCGCCCUCCUGCCCCACAUCCUGCAGGUGCUGGUGGGGUCCGAGGGGGCCGCCCCAGAGGAGAACAAGGCCCUGCUGGGAGUGGCGGAGGAGGAGGAGGACGACGAGAGCGGAGGGGGCAGUCCCGGGCCCUGCUCCUUUGGGGAGGAGGCCAAGGCGGAGGCGGAGAGGGGCUCGGCCCUGCAGCUGCUGGGCUACAUGUCCGGGGUCAGCCUGCACGACCAGGCUGACCUGCCCGAGAGUGAGGACUUCCAGAACGGGCUCUACAUGGCCGAGACUCUGCGGGGCAGGGAGGAGGAGGAGGAGGAGGAGGAGGAGGAAGAGGCUGCGGCAGCCGAGGAAUCCCUCAGCCUGGGCCGCCUGAGCGACAAGAGCAGCGCCAGUGAGGUCUCCCUGGGGGAGGACCGGUCGGCCGCCGACGGGGAGUCCCAGAAGGACAAAGGGAGCCUCAAGUCCCUCGACAGCAGCCAGGACCUGAAGCACAGCGAGGAGGAGGAGGAGGAAGAGCAGGAGGAGGAGCAGCCGCAGGAGGAGGAAGACGAGGGCCAGCAGGAUGGGGAGGAAGAGCGUGACGACGCCACCACCGUGGUCGCGGAGGAGCUGACACUCUCCUUGGGACUCAGCGCCUCGGUGGAAGCCAGCCUGGCAGAGGACGAUGAUGGCGAGGAGGAAGAGGAGGAGGACCGGGUCGGACGGGGCUUGUUGGACCAGGAGGGGGACAAGGAGAGGAGCAUUCUGCUGGACACAGCCUGCAAGAUGGUGAGGUGGCUCUCACCCAAGCUGGGCCCCACCACCACCUCCCGCUACGUGGCCAGGAACCUCCUCCGACUCCUGACGUCUUGCUACAUCGGUCCUGGCAGGCAGCAGUUUGUGGCCGGGGCUGAAGAGAGCAGCCCUCUGAGCUCCGGGAACAUCUACCAGAAGCGGCUGCUGGUGGGGGAUGUGGUGUCCGAGCCGGUGCUGACCUGCCUCGUCCACCUGGCACACCUGUAUGGGGAGCCCGUCCUCACCUACCUGUACCUGCCCUAUAUCAGCUACCUGGUGGCUCCUGGGGGCGGAGCAGGCGUCGUCCGGCUGAACAGCCGCAAGGAGGCCGGGCUCCUGGCCGCCAUGACGCUCACCCGCAAGAUCGUUGUCUACCUCUCAGACACUACCCUCAUGGAUAUCCUGCCCAAAAUCAGCCAGGAGGUCCUUCUGCCUGUCCUGGGCUUCCUCACCUCGGCCGCCAUCAGCUUCCCCAGCGGGGCCCAGGCCCGCGUCGGCUUGUGCCUCAAGACCAUCAGCCUCGUGGCGCUGGUUUGCUUGCGGAUCGGGUCGGAGAUGGUGCAGCAGCACCUCAGCCAGAUUCUCCGGAUGUUCUUUGAGACGUUUUCGCUGCUGGAGCAGGGUGAGACACAGGAGCCUCCUGCCCUGCCGACAAGGCUGCUGCCCCCGGACCCGUCUGCUGUGUUGGAGCUGCAGAAGGUUUUCAGCCUGGAGAUGGCUUACAUCACCUUUGUCCCCUUCUCCUGCCUGCUAGGCGACGUCAUCCACACCCUCGUCCCCAACCACGCACUGGUCGGGCGGCUGGCCGGACUCUACCUGGAGAGCAUCAACCCCCGAGGCCUGGCUUUCCAGAGCCAGGAUGCAGCCGCGCCAGGCCCGGGGUCCUUGGAGCAAAGCGCCCUGGGCGCGGACCCCUCCUCCGGCCCCUGCGAGGACACCCACUCUGGGACUUUUGGGAGCGUGCUGGUGGGCAACCGGAUCCAGGUCCCCGCGGAGACCCAGCAGGAGGCCUCGGGGAGCCCCGGCAGCUUCUGCCCCACGCCAGGGCGCCGGGAGGAGGGGGAGGCGCUGAAGCAGGAGCUGCACCGCAGCGCCCACCACCUCUGCGGCAACUGGCUGGCCUACUGGCAGUACGAGAUCGGGGUGAGCCAGCACGACGCCCGCUUCCACUUCCACCAGAUCAAGCUGCAGAGCUUCGUGGGCCAUGCGGGGGCCAUCAAGUGCCUGGCCCCCCUGGGCGGGGAGGACUUCUUCCUCAGCGGCAGCAAGGACAAGACGGUGCGCCUCUGGCCCCUCUACAACCGGGGGGAUGGCACCCGCGAGGAGGAGCCCCGCCUGACCUACGGGCAGCACAAGAAGUCUGUCUUCUACGUCGGCGCCCUGGAGGCCCCGCAGCACGUGGUCAGCUGCGACGGCACCGUCCACAUCUGGGACCCCUUCACUGGUAAAGUUGUCCGCACGUUUGAGGCACCUGACUGCAAAGUGCCCAUCACGGCGGUGAGCGCCAUGCCGCCUCCAUACACCAGCAUCAGCAUGGCCAGCGCCGACUCUGUGCUGCGCUUCAUCGACCACCGAAAGCCGGGACUCCAGCAUGAAUUCCGCCUGGCCUGUGGGGCCAACGCUGGCCUGGUCCGCUGCCUGGCCGUCAGCCCCAGUGGCCGGAGCCUGGUAGCCGGCUUCUCCUCCGGCUUCAUGGCCCUGCUGGACACCCGGACAGGCCUCAUCCUGAAGGUGUGGCCAGCGCACGAGGGAGACAUCUUGCAGAUCAAGGCCACGGAGGGCAAUGUGCUGAUCAGCUCCUCCUCUGACCACUCCCUGGCCAUCUGGAAGGAGCUGGAGCCGAAGCCCCUGCAAACCUACAAGCCGGCCUCCUCGGAGCCCAUCCACACCUUUGACCUCUACGGCAACGAGGUGGUGGCCGGGACCGUGGCCAACAGGAUCAGCGUCUACGCCCUGCAGGAGGCACUGCCCCCCAGCGUCACCAAGCUCAGCUCCGAGAACUUCCGGGGCACCCUCACCAGCCUGGCUGUCCUGCCCACCAAGUGCCAGCUCCUGCUGGGCUCUGACAAUGGCACCGUCCGGCUCCUGGCGUAGCCCCGGCUCCCAUGACACACACCUCUCCUCCCUUCUGGGGAGACUGGGGGGACUGGGGUUGGGUGAGAGAGGGGGCAGGGGGCUUCGAGGAGAGCUCCGUGCCCACUUUGACUCUCUGCAAGCAGGCUGCUGGGCAGCCAGAGGCCCCAAUCCUCUCAUCACCGUAUGUGCCUGAGUCUCUUUGGGAAGUGGGGUGGGCAUUCCCUGAGGAACCCACGGAGGGUGGUAGAUUUGGUGCCCUCUUCCACCUCCCCUCUCCAACGCAGCAUUCCUGUUCUUGAACUUUUUCGAUGGUGUGUGUGUGUCGCACAAGACUUAUUCUGUCCUCCUGGCUCCCCCCAUCCAUCCCAUAUGCGUCUCCUCCCCCCACCCUGCAAGAGCUGGCCUCCCUGCAAAGAGAGAAGGCUUUGCACCUGGACAGCGGCAUCACCUGGGCACCGGGGGCUCCUCCAGUUGGACUAUGGAGAGUGCCUUCUCUCCACCCUGUGGAGAAUGGUCCUCAUGUGGUGCUUGGAGAACUGGAACCCUCCGAACCUCCUCCUCCUCCUCUGGGAAGGGGGCAGCCUCUUUGCUGGCUGACCAGCCCUUGCAGAUGACCUUGGCACCCAGUUCUCCAGUCUCCCUGUCUUUGCUUGAGCCCAGCGAGGAGGCAGACACACACACACAGAUUCAGUGGUCCAACUGCCCUGCCACGUUCUGUCUCGCUCUGCCUGUCCUCCUGGAAUGAUAUUUUUCCCCUGGGGUGGGAGUGGCAGGGAGGCAGCUUGUGGGAAAACCCCCCACCCAGGCAAGGGUCAGCACACCUGUGCAAGUGCUUGCCCCCUUUUCCUGGGGGGAGGGGAGCAGACCCCCCCUUUGCUGAUUAACUGAUUGCAAUAGAUUAUAUAUAUAUACAUAUUCUAAUAAACACCCUGGAGCUCGCA